AUGGCUCCUUACCACUUUGUUCAGGCCCUUGCCGGCCUUGCCCUGCUGCAGGGUGCCACGGCCGAGUUCACCGUCAACUGCCAGCCGCUCACCAUUCAACGCGGUGAUCCCAUUGUAUUCCCAGGCCAGAUCUCCCCUCACGUUCACGCCGUCACUGGCGGCACGGCCUUCCAGCUCAACCAACCCAAUGAGGUUGCCGUUGGCGCGAAGGCGACAACAUGUGACAAGAUUCUUGACAACAGCAACUACUGGCAGCCCCAGCUCUACCAUCAGCGUAGAGAUGGAAAAUUUGAGUUGGUUCACAUGCAAGGCAAUGCCGCGUACUACUUGCCACGAACGUGCGACUACAAGCCAGGACGACAGAACUGCAACGGUGCUCCGGGCCCUGUUGCACCCCCAGCAGGUCUGAGAAUGGUCACCGGAGAUCCAUUCCGCCAGACCUUGGACACGAACAACUUCGAGCAUCGCGCCAUCUAUCACAAGUGCCUCACAGCCACGGGUUCCAACGAUGGGUACGAGUUGCCUCGUCAGAAGUGCCUGCGCAUGCGCGCUGAAACUUUCUUCCCGUCUUGUUGGGACGGCAAGAAUCUUGACAGCUCCAACCACAAAAGCCACGUCGCAUUCCCGGCUAUCGGUGACUACAACACUGGAGUGUGCCCUCCGUCCCACCCGGUAGCCAUCUUCUCGGUCUUUUUUGAGUUCUUCUACGAUAUCAAUGCCAUUCAAGACUUCAACAGACUUGUCUGGGCUCAGGGAGACGCCAAGGGUUACGGUCUGCACGGUGAUUUCUUGAACGGGUGGGCCGACCAGCGCCGUUUUGAGCGAGCCAUGGAUACAUGCACUGGGCCAAAUGGCGUCAAUGAUGUGAAUUGCAGUCUCAAUGUUGGACCCAACGGACCAGGACAGGCUGGCCCCCAGGAGCUGGAGGUUCCUGCUCCCAACGAAGAGGUCGGAGAGAAUGGUCCUCUUGACCGCCUUCCCGGGAACAACCCUGUUUGGGGUAUCUAG